AUGCCCGACCCAAAUCCAAUACUAGCAGGCAAAACGGCACCAACCCCCCAAAACCAUCUCAUCUUCGACCCCUGGAAUAGUUCGUCAACGGGCCAUCAAUGGGCCGAUUCCUCGAUGGGAACAGCCUGGCGUCGAACAAGGGAAGAGAAACUCACCCGACAAUUCAUAUCGACAUCCGGCGACUGUAGAGAUUCGAUUGGCCAUGACGGGCCCAAAUCCAAAGACAAAAGGGAGUGGGUGUGGUCGCACGCAAGUCAAAGGGAAUCAAGGGAUCCAGGGCAGAGAGAUAUUCGGUCCAUGAUGCGGGUCGGAAAGAGGUCGAGAUCGAAGUCAUCUAAGGAAACGUCCGACAACAAGUCAUCCGAGAAGAAACUGCGAGUCUCUGCGCCUCUGGAUGGGGAGGUGGAUGGGUCGACGCGUUCGCCAUCGUCCAUCUCCUCUGAGACUGAGGUUAAAGAUUUCCCUCAGAUAUUUAAGGGCCUCACCGUUUAUAUCAACAGUACUUAUCAUCCGCGUGUCUCGGAUCACUAUCUAAAACAGCUUCUUACGACACAUGGUGCUGGGAUCUCCCUGUCGCUUUCGAGAAAGGUAUCGCAUGUUAUUGUUGGGAAGCCAAAUUCUGGCCCUGGGAAGGGUGCAGGUGGGGGGCUUGCGGCUUCGAAGCUGCAGAAGGAGAUUUCGCGUGGUGGAUGGAAGGGGUUUAAGGUCGUUUUUGUUGAGUGGAUCCUCGAGAGUAUCGAUGCGGGUAAGAGAUUGUCGGAGGCUAGGUUUGCGAUGGACAUCAUGCCCAAGGGGCAAAGGAGCGUUUUGUCUUUUACUGGAGUCUGA